AUGCCCCAGACUGCCCAACCCUACGCGGGGCUGCCCUCGCCGGAGUCCUCGCUGGAGCCGCCCGACGGUCGCAUCGCGCACACGCUCACGGCUUGCACGAGGUGCCGACAGCGGAAAUCUAGAUGCGACCCCGGGAUCCCUCGAUGUGCACCCUGCGAACGAAGCAAUGCCAAGUGCGUCUACUACGACUCCACCCGCGACACUACCAUCCCUAGAACGUAUAUUGUAUCGCUACGGGAGAAGGCCCGCGCGCUCGAAAGACAGCUCGCCAGGGCCGAGAAUGAUAUACAGCAUGCCGCAGAUGCGGAGUUGAUGGUGCGGGGCGCUGGACGCAUCCGCUUCAACCAGCAUGACGAGCCGCGAUACUUGGGACCCUCGAGCGGCAUUGCCAUGACCCGCCUGGUUAUGGAGAUCGCCAAACAGAAUACCGAGUCGAAAAGCAUCAAGGAUGUCGUACCCGAGUUGACGGCCCAGGAAAUCAAGGCGGCUUUUGCACAGGAGGACUCGAAACCGACCUCCAAGGUGUAUCCCAUGAUUAGCUCGCUUCCGCAGCCCGAGCUGCCCGAGCGGAGCCUCACCUACAAAUUGAUGGAUCUCUUUGUGGCGAAAGCACAAGCACUCCUCCCCACAUUACACGAACAAAGCUUCCGACAAGAAGUCGAAGAGGUUUUCAAUGGCUCGACCGAUCCCUGCUACAACUUUCAAAUACGCAUGGUCAUUGCCAUCAGUAUGCAGAAGCUGAGCCCAGACUAUGCUGGCUUGGCCGACAGCUACUACCUGGCAGCCCUGCCAUACCUGGAACCGACCCUGAAGCGGAUGGAUUUGAGAGCGCUACAAUGUCUAGUGCUAAUUGCUCAGUAUUCCAUGCUGACUCCUACUCGAACGGCUGCAUACUGGGUCGUGGGGACCGCCGUCAAAUUGUGCCAGGACCUGGGGUUAACAGAAGAGGCCACAAUCAGCAAAUCGCCUUGCGGCCAACCUCUGAACCCAUUGGAGAUUGAUAUGCGUCGACGACUGUUCUGGAUCGUGAUAUCCAUGGAGUUUGGACUUUCCCACAGCUUAGGCCGUUCCAGCUGCUACUCCGUGACCUAUGACAAUAUCGACGUCAAGUUUUUCAAAUUGGUAGAUGAUCGGUAUAUCACGGCCGAAGGUAUCAUUCCAGGAGCGAAACCAGUUCUCUCCAAGUGUAUCUCCAUCCACUUCCUCAAAAUGCGACUGUUACAAUUGGAGGCGCGGCGAGUGUUGUAUUUGAAUCGGCGCGAAACGCCGGUUGAUGAUCAGGAUCCGUGGUUCUCCCAAAUGCUGGCGAAGGUGGGCCACUGGUUGGAUUCUUGCCCCAAGAACGACGAUGGCAGCGGCCUGAAUGUGAAAUGGUUCGAAGGCAGGCGAAAUACUAUAAUCUGUCUUAUCUAUCGGCCAUCACCCCAAAUACCCGAGCCGUCGGUCGAUGCAGCGAAGAAAUGCUACGACGCAGCAGUUUUCAACAUCGCCAUGCACAAAGAGCAAACAAUCACGGGCUCUGUCGAUCUCACAUGGAUUUUCACUCAGUCUCUCUUUAUGGUUCUAAACACUGUUCUGUGGACACUCUCUUAUCCUGAAAUCCGCAAGGAGCAUCCCAUUGAGGAGGUCCAGGGCUACUUGGAUAUGGCUCUUGAGGUGAUCGUCUUUGCAGCUGAACGAUGGCCUGGUGUCCAGUCUGCAUUGCUCCUUUACAAACGCCUCGUUGUGGCCUGCUUGAAAGCGUACCAAACUGAAGAAUCAUUCGUCGUACAUUCGCCUUCCAAUCAUCCGACUCCGACUUCUUCUCAAGACGUCAUGACCCCCCCAGCAAUGUCCAGCCCUUCCAGCACCACCACCACGACCGCCUCAUUCUACUCACAAGGCCAUCGACUCAAUGGAUUACCCUCCACCGAUAAUAGUCCUUCGACCGGUACCCUUUCACGGGGCCAUUCCGCCGACCCUACCGUUCCGUUCUCACAAGUGUCCCAAGAACCUACACCUCCGGUCUAUGCCACCGACCCAGUCAAGUCGACACCGGCUGCCCCCACAGCCCCAACAUUUGGCGUGCAGCUACCGCCCACCGCGCCAGACAUCGGGACCCAAUUUACAUCUCAGGGGUAUUGCGUACCCAAUGACCCGUUCUCUGACGUUUCCAUUGAUCCGAAUACUCCCUAUAACUCGAUCCCCUCGGUGGUUCCUGGUCUCCAAGGAUGGGACCCGAACUUCUCGCUUGCCUCCACAACAGCCAGUCAUCUAGCUUACAUUGACGCCGCGGUCGAUCCAAUGCAAUGGACGACCUCCAUCUCAGACCAGUAUUCUCAAUACUUUAACGAACCCUUCCCGACGGAGUCUUGGCGCGGGCGGACGCUCAGCCAGCAAGAGCAGAUUGAGCUGAUGGCAUCACUAGAGCAUAAUAUUCCGGACGUUUCUGCUCAGCUGGUGCGCGAGUCCAAUGCCUUCUACCAGUCAUGA